GACAAAAGAUGAUGACCCGCUCUCUCUCUCUCUUGGUUAAACACUGGUGGCCGAGGCGUGUUGAGGCGCUGGCAACAACAUUAAAAAGAAUAUGGCGAAGAAAAUCAUUCGGUCUGGAAGGCUUUACUCAAAGGCCGUUUUCACUGGAUACAAGCGUGGUCUGCGUGCACAACAUGAGAACACUGCUCUGCUGAAGGUCGAGGGUGCCAAGAACAAGGAAGAUGGCACUUACUACAUUGGAAAGCGUUGUGCCUAUGUUUACAAGUGCAAAAACAAGACCCCCUGCCCAAGUGGUGGCAAAUCGAAGAUGCGUGUGAUCUGGGGUAAGGUUACUCGCACUCAUGGCAACUCUGGGGCUCUGCGCGCCAAGUUUUGCCGUGCCCUACCUGCAUAUGCCAUGGGAAGGAGAAUCAGAAUUAUGAUGUACCCCUCCAGAGUCUAAAUGGUUUUUGAAUAAAGAAAAAAGUCA